AUGGGCUCCCCAGGCUCCGGGCAGGGCUGCCACGGGUCAGGAGGCCCAGUUCAGUUUGAAUGUCAGGUGAACGACACCAUUUUGGGUGUGACCGCGGAGUCCCGCUGCCAGCUGCUCAGCUGGCUGAUCCCCGUGCACCGCCGGUUCGGCCUCUCCUUCGAGUCGCUGUGCCUGGCGGUGAACACCCUGGACCGCUUCCUCGCCACCACGCCCGUGGCCGCCGACUGCUUCCAGCUGCUCGGGGUCACGUCCCUGCUCAUCGCCUGCAAACAGGUACCUGCGCGCGGGCCUGGGCCCCCGGCUUCCCGCUGGGCGCCCCAGCUCCUGGCCGACCAGCUCUGCAACCUGGAGCGCGUCGUGCUCCACAAGCUGCGCUUCAGCCUGGGCGCGCCCACCGUCAGCUUCUUCCUGGAGCACUUCACGCUCGCGCGCGUGGACGCGGGGCACCCGGCCUCGCAGGCGCUGGAGGCGCAGGCGCUGGCGCGCGCCGUGGCCGAGCUGAGCCUGGCCGACUACGCCUUCAGCAGCUACGCCCCUUCCCUGCUGGCCAUCUGCUGCCUGGCGCUGGCCGACCGCCUGCUCCGGCUCCCGCGCCCCGUGGACCUGAGCCUGGGCGAGCACCCCGAGCCCGAGCUGCGGCACUGCCUGGGCCAGCUGCAGCUCCUGGUGGCCAUCAACGCGGCCUCCCUGGCUCACAGGCUGCCCCUCCCGCUCUGCGACAAGUGCAGCCUGUCCCCGAGCUUGAAAUAA